AAAAACUGACAAAAAAAUCACAAAAGGGGAAAAGAAAAAGGCAUAUAUAUGCAUAAGAAGACUCAUUGCAGGGUUUAUAGUUCUACUUCUAAAACUCCACCGCUCCAUCUUCCCUCUCUUCCAUGUCUUCACCUUCUUCUUCUUAGGAGAAACUCAGCGGAACUCGGAACAUAGAAACAGAGGAUUCAGAAAUGGAAUUUGACCUUGAAAACCCACUAACCAGUCACCAUGGCGAUCACUCCGAUACUUCCCCUUCUCUAUUCCUCGUCGAAUCUGAUCACAUGCCUUCCUUUUCCUACUCCAAAUCCGUCAAAACCCCCGCCGGCUUCGCCUUUUCAUUCCGUCGGCAAGCUGUUUCUUCCAUUUUACAGGUCUCUUGCUGCUUCGACCCAUUUUUGUCCUAUCUCGCAGUUAAUUACCUCGACCGGUUCUUGUCACACCAAGGAAUGCCGCAACGAAAGCCUUGGGUGGUUCGGCUUCUCGGAGUGUCCUGUGUCUCCCUGGCAGUCAAAAUGAUGAACCGAACCAAAGAGGUCUCUCUCAAUGACAUUCAGGGGAAUGCCAAUCGUGGAGGAAUUAUGUUCGACACAGAGACGAUUCACCGCAUGGAAGCUCUAAUACUGGGAGCUCUGAAAUGGAGAAUGCGCUCCGUCACUCCUUUCUCCUUCCUCUCUUUCUUCAUUCAUUACUUCCAACUCAAAGACCCGCCAUUGAUACAGGCACUCAGAGCUCGGGCUACUGAAACCAUCCUCAGAGCUCAGAAUGAGGGCAAGAUGGUGGGAUUCAAACCAUCGCUAAUUGCAGCAUCGGCGCUUCUCUCGGCGUGCCAUGAGCUCUUCCCGUUGCAGUUUUCGUGCUACAGAGAUGCUAUCCUCAGCUGUUCGUAUGUAAAUAAUAAGGAAAUGAUGUUAGAGAGCUACAAGGAAAUGCAGGAGCUGGCAAUGGAAGAGUACGAGUCAGUUAUGGACAGAGUGUCCAGCUCGGAUACGCCGGUCAACCUGCUUCAUCGCCACUUCUUCCGGUCCUCAUCGUCGUCAGAAGAAGAAGAAGAGGAAAUGAAGCAGAGUAUGAAUGGGACCAUUGAUAUUAUCUCCACUGCUGCUGCUGCUGCUGCAGCAUCAUCCACCACUAGCAGCAGUAUCAGCAGCAGCUGCAGCGAUGGCGGUACUAUUCGCCAAGUAGAAGCAGCUGUCGACGAUAUUAUGAUGACGAUGGCCAUCAACAACCGCAACAAGUCUAAAAGGAGGAAGAUUACUGCGGCAGCAGCCACUAAUUACUGUAAUAAUAAUCAUGAUAAUGACGCUACACCUGAAAUCUCCCAACGGCUUUCUGAUACCAAUAUUGCUCCAUAUCAUCACCACUAAUCAUCAUCUGCUCAUUUCUAGAACUCUAG